AUGACGACGACUCAAGACAAAAACGCCUUAUCAUCAGAGGCUCCACUUGCCCCCGUCACCGUCGAACGCAAUGUUCGCUCCGACUUCGACACCACACUUCCAAAGCCUUACUUGGCUAGAGGGUCGACUGCUCCUGAUAUAGACCAUCCACAAGGAACAAUAGGGCACCCUCAAUAUGUCAUGAGUGUCCUCCAGCAACAUGCUUCCUUCUUUGAUCAAGAUGACAAUGGAAUAGUCAUCUUUCGGCGUCAUGGCUUGCGUUGUCUAACAAUGAAAGUAGGCUCAAUUACGAGAAUUGUAUUUCUCGCAUUUGAUAUUUCACACAUUUGA